AGAUGAUCAACCUUUGGGGUGUGGUAUCAGUGGUGAUAUUCUACCUCCUCAUUCUAGGAGUGGGAAUAUGGGCUGCCCGCAAAAAGGAGUCGGGCAACAAUUCCGAGGAGGAAGUUAUGCUGGCUGGCAGGUCCAUUGGCCUCUUCGUCGGCAUAUUCACUAUGACAGCGACUUGGGUGGGAGGAGGUUACAUCAACGGCUCGGCUGAGGCUAUCUAUACGACGGGGUUGGUUUGGUGUCAGGCACCCUUCGGAUAUGCUCUCAGCUUGGUUUUUGGUGGUAUCUUCUUCGCCAAUGAGAUGAGGAAGCAGGGUUACAUCACCAUGUUGGAUCCUCUUCAAGACACAUUUGGUGGCAGGAUGGGAGGUCUUCUCUUUUUGCCAGCUCUGUGUGGAGAGGUCUUCUGGGCUGCUGGCAUUUUCGCUGCAUUGG